AUGGACACGGCCAACCUAACCGCAGCAUGGCUCUCGUUCGCCGUAACGACAGUCGGGCUCGGCGGACUGAUCUCCCAAGCCAGCGCCAUCAACGACCAGCUGGACCCGUUCCACGCGAACCGCACCGCCGAGUACCUCGGGAUAUGGUUCCAGCGGCAACAGCGGUUCCCGUGGUGGCGCAUCACCAAGCCGCCACCCCUCGGCCCCGCCAUCGCCGCCCGCAUGUCCGACGGCUUCUGCGGCAUCAACGUCCUGUACGUGACGCGCAUCCCCGUCGCGCCGCCCGGCAAAGCGGGCUGGUCGACGAUUCUGGCCAUGUUUAACCAUGAUCCGCCGUCGCUGUAUGCGCUCGCCGCUGCGGGAGAUGUGGGUGUGGGUACGGCUGAGAAGGGGGGCGUGAGGACUUCGACGGUGACGCUGGAGAGCGGUGCUGAUGCGAAAGAGUUGACGAGGGCGCCGGUGCGAAGUGCUAGUUGGUCGAAUGUUACGCGGAAGUCUCUUAAGAGGCAUCAGUCCCAUGCUUGCAUCGUCAUAUCGCGAACUACCCUUGUUACUAUGCUCGUUGUGACCAAUGGUCGCCCGGUAUUCCAGUACAGCGACGCUUCUGGGUUUCGGGCUGGUUAUGCCUCGUACUGUGGGCAGUGGUACAUAACCUGGCCCAUCGGCCAAGAAGCCAUCGUCAAAUUCGCCGCACACGACUCCAUCGGCGCAACAGAAGUCCUCCCCCGAAGCUUUACGCAACGGGUUGACCGCUGUGGACAGAUGGUAUGCGGCGUCGUAUCAUCACCGACGUCCGACUUCGCCGUUGGUUUUAGCGGUCGGAAGCCCAGCGGCACCUACCGGCUCGAACACGCGCCCAAGGGGUUCCAAGGCGCCCAUUCCGGCCGGCACUUGUACAACAUGCUCGGCGGCCGCGCCUUCGACGUCGAUUUCAUCUAUGCGCGACCCACCAGCGCCGUGCACACGGGAGACGGCGAGAUCGCGCUGGACCUACCGAGCAAAGACACCGGCGACCACACCGUCACCAUGAUCAUCCCUUCCGCCGAACAAGAUGUCAUAAAACGUGCUCUCGACAGCCUGCCCUGGACGUGUCUAUCCUGGAGCAUGCACCGUGGGCUCCGGGACAUCCUCCUAGCCUACGGAAAAUCGACCAUGGACCACUACCGCACGACUCUCGCCUCACUUCUGCAGGAGACGGUCACCCAGCGCCCGGAAGUAUUCCGCUCCCGCGGCUGGGACCUAGAGUUCGUGCGCACCAGCAUGGGGCCCAUGGCGGCGUCGGCGGUGCUCUCAGGCGGCGGCAACUCAGGGGACUCGGUGCGCGUGGUGACCGACGUCGCGGCGGUGUAUGCGGGCGAGAGCUGGAGUCUGGAGAAGCUAGACGAGGUGAAUUUCUGGCAGGUAAGGAAACAGUCGGGGUUUUCUGAGACCUCGGAACUGGAACUAGAACUAGAUGCUGAAGCUGUUGUGGCACUUACCAAGUUCUUCGUGCUGGAAUGGAGCCAGGAGUUCGAUUAUCAGCUGUACCAUCACCUCCCGAUAUCUCUAUACUUUGGGUAA